AUGACUCUCGCCAACUCCGCGCAUCCGCCAACUCCGACGCCGCUGGCCAGGAUGCCGACUCAAGGCUCUUCGACGCCGCUGUACGACACCGCAUCUCUAACCGCCCGGGCGGCUGUUCCGAUCGAGUCGGACGGGAACUCGACGGUCCGUCCACGGCAGGCUCGUCCCGUUACGAAGAACGACCCCGCUGCGGCUGCGUCCCGGGUCCAUGCGUCCGUCGAGGCUUCCGGGUCGUCGCUCACAGUAUCCGACGCGACAUCCUCGGCGUCCCAGUGCGGUUCGGCGAAGCGCACAAGCAGGCACGGCUCGACCUCAGGAAAAUCACGCCGCCUGUCUUGGUACGUUGAGCUCGAUCGCGCCCCGUCCACGACGGAGAUGCAAAAAGGGCCCAUCCCUUUGGGCAUCUUGGAAGAACAACUGGCACUCAACGACGACACGGUCAAUGAGAUCAACGAACUUGAGGACACGACGGAGUUCGACGUGCGCCUUUGUGUGGAGGCCGAUAAGGCAUUCGUGUAUCGACCGGUCAUCUUGGAAGGACCGAGAGAUCAAACUUACCUUCUUGGUUGGGGCGAUGCGACCACCACGGCCGGAGUCGAGGAUUGGCUCCGAGGCAAGAAAGACUUGCAUUUGUUCUGUCACCCUGCCACAUCGGAGAUCUCUGGCUGGUUCUACCUCGGUCUACAUACGUUCUCGUAUGCACCCGGCGUUGAUUCCGUCUGGGGGAAGCUCGAGAAAGAGGACAAAAAUAGCGUGCUGGUUGAGCUGCAGGCCCGCAAUCCGGGGAUGGAUCUCCGCCGUUUCAAACACGACGUGAAGAAGGGGCGGCUGGUACAGUGCUGCAUCCGGAUCGAGAGCAGGGACCGCACGGGAGAAUCGACCGAGUUCCUGCGGGAGUACGGGCUGCUUGCUGGGGACGGAGGAAGCGAGGGAGAGUCAGACUCGGAUUAG